AUGGAAAACGUUUGUGAUCAAAUGAAAUCGUAUGUUUCCAGGGCUAGAAGAAAAUUCCCUUAUAUCAAAGGAGGUAUAUGAGUAGUUUUAAAAAUGAAAAACGACGAAUCUAGAAUUUUGUAUUUUAAUUCACUAUUUGCAGCGUCAUGGAUUAUUGUGGGCUCCUCAGCCCCCCCCCCCCCUCCCCAUGGAUUAUUGUGGGGCCCCUCAUGCACCACCUCCAACCCGCUCUGUUGCUACACCAACGGCCAUAGUUUGCUUCUAAAAUAUUUUCUUAAUUUAAUUUGUUUUUCUCGUUUCUUUGCCAGUGAAAAGUCAUUUUCGUGAGGGUUUAGAUAAUCUGGUGGAAAAUUCGGCAGUGAAGUUAAACAUUGAAACGCCACCAGAUGACUUAAUGGAUGAUAGUACAAAGGAGAUCAUUCGACUCAAAUUCAAGGUAUAAUUUUAAGAUUCGUAUCAAAAUUUCUGAAACUCGUAUUUUAUCGCCAAUAGGGGAUUGUACGGGUUUUACCGUUUAUUGUACUCCUGCCUCAAUGGCCUCGUUUUCGUGUGAGCUUCAUUCUCGUUUUUUGUGCAAAGUACGGUUAGGUUUGUAGUUGGGGUAAGACCAUUCCAGCCAAUAUUACAAGAUUAAUGAACAUUGAAAAACAAACUUUGUCGCCACCUCCAAACCACCCAAUCCCUCCCCCACCCCCCUCCAGGUUAGUGUGGUAAACAACGCCGAAACAACUUUUGGUAAUUUACCAUAUGAACGUUCUUGAUACUACGUUUUUACCACGAUUCCCUUGUAGUCAGAAAACGAUUGAUAAGCCCAUGUUGUAUAGUUGGAAGAAUUUUUGCCGUUGAAAUUAUUCAGGGAAAAUUAAUGAUGAAUACGAGCGUUUUUCGUUCCUUCAGUGAUAAUUUUCCUUCUCGUUCAUUUCCUGAUGCUUUUAUGAUAUGCUAUAUAAGGUUGGCGUGGUAAAACGCAAGGCCAUGCAGUUCUCAAUUUUGCCUUGAAUACGUUUUACAUUGAAUACAUUUUAAACAGUAUUACACUCAGCCUCAGAAAUUAAAGUGUCAGAAAUUGUAUUGCAAGUGGCACCUAAAAUAUAUAAUAUGUGAAAUGAUAUGUGAAUCGAAUUUUUCGGAAUUGCCAUUAAUUUAACAAAAAACUCUUCGAUAUUCUGUUCUAUCUGAACGUCGGGUUUUUCUACGUACGUACCAGUCUAAUUUGUAGGACGUUUCAACACGCAUAAAUAUAUGACAACAUUUAUAUGUAGACGACAUAUUACUACGUGGACUCUCUUUAUGGAAAACUAUCUUCAUACACGUUGUGAUAAAAAAUUAAUGAUUAUCUUUAGAAUGAAAAUAAUGAUAGUUCAACGUUUGUUCAUUUUCAGUGUGUAUAUAUGCUGGAAGAAUAUGAAGAAGAUAUUACAGAAUGGUAUUUUCAAUACAGAGAACAAAACUUAUUGGACUGGUUGUGUAAACUUCGCGUGCUAAAUAAUGAAGAUCAAGGUACAAUAAGAUAUACCAAAAAUCUUAAAAUUACACCAGACUGACUCACUAUCAUCCAGGACUUUUUUAAGGAUUUUCGAGUGGGGGAGGCAUUGGCAAAAAUAACGAGGUCGUGGGUCAAAAGUCGAGGUCGUGGGUCAAAAGUCGAGGUCGAGGGUCAAAAGUCGAGAUCGAGGGUCGAUGGUCGGGGGUCAAAAGUCGAGGUUGAGGGUCGAAAGUUCGAAAUAGUAAAUUUUUAUACACUUUGAAAUCAGUAGUCCGGAAAAACCAUUUCCUGCAUUCUUAGCCUUCAAAUUUAUUCCAAGAUUUGUGUUAACUGUACUUCUAUUUCAGAUAAAAUAAGGAAAACGCACAAAACAGAAUUAAAUGUACAACUUGUGCAUCAAUAUAUGACCUGAAUGGAACUAAUGUCCAUCAACGCAAAUAGAUUAUAGUGAGAUUCAUCAAAUUAACUCAAAUUUUGUUUUCCAGUUUUCCUUAAACUGGAUAAUAUAAUACGCUAAACAUGAAUGAGAAAAACUGAUAAUACAUUCUCUUGAACUAAAUUAUUCUUCAUUCUUUGUCAAUAUAUUUUAAAAAAAGUGAUUUUGAUUGGGGGAGGGGGCUAAAAUAGUUAAUUGGAUGUGGGAGGCCAACAUGGGGGCUGGGGGCCAUGGUCCCCCCCCCCAGUGUAUAUGUUUAAAAAUGCCUUGCCAUCAUCAACUAAUAACCGGAAAUAACUCAUAAACAUUUAUAAAACUUGGAACAUUAAAAUCAAUUUGAAUUCAUUAAGACUUGUGAAACUCAUCAACAAUUCAUGAAGAAAACACAAAGAAAUCAUGACUGUGAAGGAGUUUGUAUUUCUGAUAUCAAAUCAUGCUGAUUUAUAUAAACAUUCGGGGUUCUUUAUCCGAUACAACACAGCUACUCAUGUUGUAAAUAGUACAUAUUACAUUCGUAAUCUAUUUUUUUACGAUACUCUUUCCAGUAGUUUACAUGUUUCUUUGUCAUGUAUGCAAUUCCCAAGAAUGCAAAAAAGCCAACUUAAUCCUACCUUCACGUGACUCUUCAUAUUCCGAAUCUUUAUAUUCUUAAGGAUGUCUUGGAGAGUCUGAUGAUCUUGUGGCCCCGGAGGAUGACACGACAACCACUGUUUACACAGUCGAUGACGAAAAUCAAUACAAAUCUCCGGCUGCUAGGGAGAGUGAAGAUGAAUCCGAAAAUGAAUGGCAUAAUCGGGUUGAUAAUAUCGAUUUUUCCGAAUCUCACUUGGAGUUAUAGUUGUAUUAACAAAUAAUUAUGAUGUAGAUGUCGGAGAUACAGGUUUUUAGAUGCACAAACUCAUUGGCAAUUAGAUUGUAUAUUUGUCAUAUGAAAACACUGUUUGUAACGGGUCCCAUGCAUCAUAGUGGCCAGGGCGCUUAUAUACCUUGGUAUAUAAGCGCCCUGAUAGUGGCCAU